CAGAGUAGUUCAAAUAAUUUCAAAGCAGCCAACAUUUAUAGUAGUUUUAAUGUAACGUUGUCAAUGUUGCCAACCGUGGAAAACUUAUUUAAUUUUUGACGUUUAAGUAAAAUUUCGUGUUUUUGUUGAUUUUUAACAAUUUAAAACACAGUGUUUGUCUGUGAUUUAAAAUGAGUUUACGUGAUGCAGGGGGUUCCGAUAUACUGGAACAAUUUAAAAAUACAUCUAAUAAGGUUAAAAAGAGAUUCUUACGAAAACCUAAUUUAACAGAGGCUUGCGAUAGUUUUACUAACUUGGCACAACAAUGCGAAUCUCUAGAGCUGCCAGCUUAUGCAGGGCUGUGUUGGAUAGCCACUGCUUGUUGCGAAGGCUCUUUGUCGAACCUUCCUGGUGAGACAAAUUGUUUAUUAAAAGCUGGAAGGCAAUUUUUGAAAGCCGAAGAAAUAGAUCAUGCUUUGGGUUGUCCUAGACCUAGCAGUGAGAACUUACAGGCUGGUUUGAGCUGUAUAACACAUGCUAUAGAGAAGUGUGGGGAUAGUGGCCCUAUGAAUGUGGGAUAUAACUUGGAAGUGGUAGAUUUCUUAAACAAGAUCGGUCAAGGGGAAUAUUCAGAGACAUAUUUGCACAGUGCUGUGAAUUUAAGUGAAAACAGGCCAGAUACUAAGGUGUAUUGUUUGGAAUUGUUGGCAAAAAAGUUUAUUGAAAAUGGGGACUUUGUGGCAGCUUUAGAAACAUACACAGAAAUAUCAAAAAUUCUGGAGAAUCUGCCAAAGAGUGGGUCAAGAUCCGAUUUGCUUUUAAAGUGUGAGAUAAACUCAGUUUUUCUCUUAUUAAUAUUGAAACCUUCACCACAAAAAUUGUCAAGUAGAUCGGCUAAAAUUCUUGUUAAAUACACCUGGGGGGACCAAUCGGACAGCAGUUUAAGGGCUUGUAAAAUGACAGAAAAGAUGUUUCUUCUAAUGCAAUCCUUGGUUACAAUAUGCCAGUCGGUUGAUACUAGCAAUUUAAUAAGUUUGGAAGGUGAAUUUUGGAAUCUUCUAGAGAAAAGUGAAAAGGAAUUGUUAAGGGUUUUGGUGCAAAGCUAUUAUCCUUAAUGCAGUUUUUUUUGUGAUAAUCAUUUAAGAUAAAG